CGUUCAAACUAAAGUCAUCCCAAUCGAUGAAUUGCAUAACACCGGAAAAUGGUGGCACAUACACAGAUGUCAGCGAAUGUGUCGUGGUCAGGGAUUCGAGGAAACGGCGGGAUCUUGCUUUGAAUACACGGGGAACUGUACGAAUGAGCUACAAAAUGUCGCAACCGGAUGGUAACAAAUUGUAUCUGAUCCGAAGUGCCUACUAUCCGGGAUACUGUCUAUCACGAGGCGGAGCCCAGAAUUGGCCAUCAUCAGACGUUGGCAUUGAAUUGUGUGACAGAAAUGAUGAGGCUCAACAAUGGCAUUUCGAACAGACUGGAAAGUCAUUCGAGAACAAGUUCUUCGUCAGAAACGGUCCCAGAUGUUUGUGGUCAAUGGGCAGUACAGCUGGAAAGCCAUUGGAUUACCACUUUACGACUGGCAAGUGCACUGAGAAGGAUGACUACAUCUUCACGUUCCUAUCAGCUGGAUCCAGGCCGGACUUUUAUCACCUGCAAAACGUGGCUUCCGGUCUAUGCAUGCAGAUCAAUUGGUAUGAGGACAAAGUAGACCACAAGUACGUGGACUAUGUCGAACAGCAACCGUGCGGUUUAGUUGGAUGGUCCAAAUGGCAGUCGAUUCCACUCUCUCCGUACAAUGAUGACGAUUGCGGACCGAGAUUCGGCGGAAAGUUUUGCACUGGUAAAUAUGCCGGAAUGUGCUGCAGCAUCUAUGGUGGCUGUGGAACGACUGGUUCGUACUGUGCCCGCUUGAAAUGCGAUCCCCGAUUUGGACCGUGCAUCAGGGCGACUGUGGACGACAAAUGGUCCUUGGACAAUCGAUGUGGUCCAUGGGCAGCGACAUUGCCGAACAAAAAUGGACGAUGCACUGGACUGUAUACACAGGCCGGAUACUGUUGCGGUAAUUACGGAGUGUGCGGAAAUCAACCGGAACAUUGUUUGGGCGAUAAUUGCGAUCCAGAAUAUGGUUGGUGUCCUCCUCCGCCGGAAAAGGACAAAUACCCGGGAAAUUGUGGUCCUCUCUUUGGCAACAAGAAGUGCACGGGAAGAUUUGCCGAGAUGUGCUGCAGUAAGAAUGCACUUAAAGCCGGAAGUUGUGGAACAACGUCACUGCAUUGUAAUCCCGCCCAUUGCGAUUCUGCUUACGGAAUGUGUUACAGCGCCGACGUUUGCUUGUGGGCGGGAAAUUCGAAAAAAACUUGUCGGGCCGGCGAUUGUUGCAGCAAAAGUGGAAAAUGUGGCAACACGGAAGAGUUUUGUGGAAAGGAUUGCGAUACACCGUUGUCCUGCGGUAAUCGAUGCAACGGAGGACUGACGACGACGGCAGUGGGACUGUAUCCGGAACAGUUUGGAACGUGUCAAACGACAGCCUGUAGUCCAGAGGGAGCUCCGUGCUCAAUUAAAGGAUGGUGUUGUUCCGGACUUAGAUGUGUCGCCGAUCCGGACAAUGCAACGGCAAAGUAUAAGGCGAAGAAGUGUGUUCAGUAGAUGAACGGAAAUGUUUGUUUGUGUUCGAAUUUUAUGCUUUUUAUUAAACGAUCAAUUUUAAC